CGUAGAAAACAUCCUGGCGUUAUUGGAUUUAACACGUUUCUCAUUCGUGUUCUCCCCAUGCGUCCUGUACUACCCUUUAGUAAACAAAGCUUGCAACUCACGUGGACGGGAACAUGUACCGUGACGUCAUCAAACAUACAUGUACCAAACGUACGUUCAUACAGCUAGCUGAUCUAUCAGGUGUCAAACGCAGGAACAUGGCGGUCCCAAACUCCAAGACAGAAUUCAAAAUAACCAACUCUACCAAAGGGGAAUUCGUCAGGAAGAAGUCAGUCUUCCGUGAGUGGAUAACGGCUGACGGAUCGUCUGGGUACAAGUCGGAGUCGGGGAGAUAUCACCUGUACGUAAGCCUAGCUUGUCCCUGGGCUCAUCGUACUCUGAUUGUCAGGAAACUAAAAGGACUGGAACAGGCCAUCUCAUACGAUGUAGUAGACUGGUUCAUGGACGGAGAAGGUUGGUCUUUCACGGACAAGAAGCCUAACUGCACGUUGGACACAGUCAACGGUUGUUCACGCAUGCUGGAAAUAUACUUAAAAGCGAACCCAGAUUAUGCCAACCGGAUCACCGUUCCCGUCCUGUGGGAUAAACAAAAGAAAACAAUUGUAAACAACGAGUCAAGCGAGAUUAUCCGGAUGUUAAACUCAGAAUUCAAUGAUUUCUGUGCCAGUGAGAAACAACGGAAGUUCAAUUUUUACCCAGAACCCCUUCGGAAGGAUAUCGACGAAGUGAACGAGUGGAUAUAUCCGAUGAUCAACAAUGGUGUGUACAGGAGUGGUUUUGCCACAUCUCAAGAAGCCUAUGAUGUAGCAGUGCGCGAGGUGUUCAAGGGUCUUGAUAGGGUUGAAGAUAUUUUGUCUAAAAAACGCUACCUCACCGGAAGUAGCCUGACAGAGGCGGAUAUCCGCCUUUUCACAACCCUUAUACGGUUUGAUAAGGUCUACGUAGGACAUUUUAAGUGUAACAAGAAACGGAUUGUGGACUACCCAAAUUUGUGGGGAUACCUAAGGGACGUGUACCAGAUUCCGGGGAUGGUUGAUACCGUCAACUUCGAACAUAUCACUAAACACUACAUGGCGAGUCAUGAAUCGAUCAACCCCUCACGAAUCAUAUCCAUUGGACCAGACAUCGACUUUACCACUCCUCAUGGCAGGGACACCAUGUGAAACAAGUAUCGUGUUUGGAACGCUUUUAUGAUCACGUGACACCAUAACUAAACACAACUGUGACAUUAAAUUCGACAAUGCAAACGGGUAUUUCUCUGAAUUGUUGAAAAUUUGUGGAUAUUGAAAGACUUUUCUUCCAACAUUCUACAACAUUGUAACAUACUUUUUACGUGAAUGUUCAAAUGGAAAACAUGAUUUUCCAGCUUAGCAAUCCGACAUGGCGUUACACAGUAAUCAAAAUGUGAAGUUUCAAAUAAAAUCCAGAAAGAUACGCGGACGUUAUUAAAACACACAUAUGUUUUUGCUUUCUGGGCUUAAGAGUUUGUAAACAAUUUCUAAAGAUCCUGAACUACCCUAAGAUAGAUAGUGCCAAUUGUGUAAAAUAGUUUAUAAAUGGAUGUCUCAUAUGCUGUAUGAUAUAUUGUGAGUGGACAGAUAUUAUUCUAGAAGAUUUUGUCAUGUUUUGCAAAGAAUGCAAUUUAAAUAUCUGAAAAUAUCUAAAUUUGAACUAGCAUGUGUACAAUGUUUUAUCAAAAUAGAUAAUUUGGUUGACAUGUUCUAAGAUUGGUAACUGAUAUUGUUACCUGUUACCACCUCAGCUCCUACGUGUGGGGAAGUCUAACUUUAAACAAUCGAAUGGUAAACUGCAACUGCUUCUUUCACGUGCAGCUUCGUACAACAUCGUUCAUUUAGUUAUUCUCUAAGCCUUACUGGCAACUAUAUUUUGCCAGAUAGAUAUUUUCUCAUUUCAAAUAUUUGUUGGACAUGAAUAACGGCAUAAAUAUGUGGCAUAAAUUACUGAUGUUUCCAUAUGUGAAUUACAAUGGUCCGCAGUAUACAUUGGAAGGUGAUGAUAAAAGUACAGACUCGUUCAUUUGUCCCCAUAUGGUGAUAAGUAUCAAAUACAACAUGACAUAUAUGAGAUAUUGAUAAGCAUUUUUAAAGAUAUUGUAUUGCUUAAAUUUUAUGAACAACCGGUAAACAGUGCUGAAAAGAAGGAACGUAUCAUAUAGGUUUCGAUAUUCCAUGCGCAUAUAACGUAUUAAACAAAUUAUCUUGUAAAUUUGUCAUGCCGUUGUUUUUUGGAGAGGAACUUUAUACACCAUUCAAUCAUUAAACCAUGGAA